AUGUCCAAGAAAAGUAGGUUGUCUUGGUUCGCAAAUGAUGACCUAUCUAUCACCAUACUGUCCCUACUUCCCUCCAAAAUACUGCAUCAUCUGAAGCUUGUCUCCAAGGACUGGCUCAAUCUCAUAUGCGACCGCACUUUUAUCACUGCCCAGCUCAAGAAAACCGAACCCGUCUCGGGAUUUUUCUACCAGGAGGUGUUCCAGUUCACAACUACUGAGAACAAGCAGUCCAUCAGCUACAUCCCAGCCGACGUGCAAAAUUCUAAAAUUUGGCCCGAUGUCUUGGGUUUCCUCCCGGAGUACGUUGUGGUUCUCUCUCUAGACAACGGUUUGUUGUGCUGCCGAAACUGCUUCCCCACCUCACGGCCCAAAAUAUACGUCUGCAACCCUCUGAGAAAACAAUGGGCCACCGUAGAGUGGCCCAAGAAUUACGAUGUUUCCCGGGACAGUAUCAUUUCCCUAUCAUUCGACCCGUUUCGUGAUCCGAUCGAUAAAUCUACUAAUUUCCAGCUGGUGGCCGUCAGCGAAAUCGGAAAAGGAGACGAAGAUGGAAACAUAUCUGAGUAUUGGAUAUUGUUCGACAUAUAUUCGUCUGAGACGGGGUCUUGGAGGAGGUCGAAUGAGUGUUGCGUGUCGAAACAUGGUUUGGUCAGGAACAAAAAGGUGAUCUUGAGAGGGGUCUCGUUUUGGCUAACAGAAGGCUACGGAGUUCUCAUGUUCGACAUCAAGAACGAGCUUUCUUGGCUGGUGUCGGGCCCUCUGCCACUGGAUGAGUUUGCCGGUGUUCCCGAAAUGUGUUUAGGCGAGUCGGGCGGGAAGUUGCACUAUGUGGUCGUUUGUGGAAACGGGCUUCAGCUGUGGGCUCUUGAGGACCAUUUUGAGCCAACUUGGGAGCUGAGGGUUAAUGUGCCUCUGGACAUACUGGAAAAGAAAAAUCCGGACUCGUUGUACAAGUUAUCGGACAACAUGGCAUGUGGGUUGGCGCCCGCGUGGAUGACUCCAUUGGCAUUCAAGGACGGGAAGCUGCUCGUGAGGGUGUCAGUGAAAAUGUACCUGUACGAGUUCGAGACAGGUAGGAUGAAGAAGUUGUGCAACGUGUCAACUCUGGGGCCCACGGCGAUAUUUUCGCCAAUCGUUGUCCCGUAUGCCAUGAGUCUGGUUCCUCUUGAAUGA